CGUGUGUGAGUUGGGGGGAUGGGGCCGCGUUGAGGAUGAGCGACUUCAAGCAUUCACCACAUUUACGCAUUUCUCCGAUCGAAAUCCCUUCUUAUGUACAGAUAACUAUUUUUGGACCACGCAUGAGUUUCGACUUUCAUUUGAAAACAUAAAGUGGGGUGCUUUUAGGGCCACGACACUGCUUUUUAAAGUCGACAAAAUGUACUCCACUGCUGGAGCUACCGAAAUGUUUGAGGGACCCCGUUCCUCUGGGUCAGCAAGCUCUGACCCGCCAUCUUCUCCAGUGCCAGAAUAUGUCUUCAAGCCCCCAUCAAGACCAGACUUUGGCACAAUGGGCAGGACAAUCAAGCUGCAGGCCAAUUUUUUUGAGAUGGAAAUCCCCAAACUGGAAGUGUACCAUUAUGAUAUUGACAUCAAGCCAGAGAAAUGUCCCAGGAGGGUCAACCGUGAAAUCGUAGAGCACAUGGUCCAGCACUUUAAAACACAAAUCUUUGGGGAUCGAAAGCCAGUAUAUGACGGCAGAAAGAAUCUGUACACUGCCAUGCCUUUGCCUAUAGGCAGAGACAAAGUUGAGCUUGAGGUGACCAUUCCUGGCGAGGGCAAGGACCGUAGUUUCAAAGUGUCUAUCAAGUGGGUGUCUUGUGUUAGCCUGCAAGCGCUUCAUGAGGCACUGUCAGGGCGGCUACCCAGCGUCCCUUUUGAGACCAUACAAGCUCUGGAUGUGGUCAUGAGACAUUUGCCCUCUAUGAGGUAUACUCCAGUGGGCCGCUCUUUCUUCACCCCCUCCGAGGGCUGUUCGAACCCCCUGGGCGGUGGUCGAGAGGUGUGGUUCGGCUUCCACCAGUCCGUCAGGCCUUCUCUUUGGAAAAUGAUGCUCAACAUUGACGUUUCCGCCACCGCUUUCUACAAAGCCCAGCCUGUAAUAGAGUUCAUGUGUGAGGUCUUGGAUUUCAAAAGCAUAGAAGAACAACAGAAGCCCUUAACAGACUCUCAAAGAGUUAAAUUUACCAAAGAAAUCAAAGGCUUAAAGGUGGAGAUCACACAUUGUGGACAAAUGAAGAGGAAGUACAGAGUUUGCAAUGUGACCAGAAGACCAGCCAGCCAUCAAACGUUCCCUUUGCAGCAAGAGAACGGCCAAACUAUUGAAUGCACGGUGGCGCAGUACUUUAAAGAUAAGUACAAGCUCAUGCUGCGAUACCCCCACCUCCCAUGUUUACAAGUGGGACAGGAGCAGAAGCAUACUUACCUUCCCUUAGAGGUGUGUAAUAUUGUAGCAGGACAGCGCUGCAUCAAAAAACUGACGGACAAUCAGACCUCCACUAUGAUCCGUGCCACUGCCCGAUCGGCCCCGGACCGUCAGGAUGAGAUUAGUAAAUUGAUGAGAAGCGCCAACUUCAACACUGACCCUUAUGUCCGCGAAUUUGGAGUGAUGGUGAGGGAUGAGAUGACCGAAGUGAACGGCCGGGUUCUCCAGGCACCAUCCAUUCUGUACGGAGGCAGGAAUAAGGCAAUAGCUACGCCAAUCCAGGGAGUGUGGGACAUGAGAAACAAGCAGUUUCACACCGGCAUUGAGAUUAAAGUGUGGGCCAUUGCUUGCUUCGCUCCACAAAGACAGUGCACUGAACUUCUGCUAAAAGCAUUCACGGAUCAGCUCAGGAAGAUCUCUCGGGAUGCAGGCAUGCCCAUCCAAGGCCAGCCCUGCUUCUGUAAGUACGCCCAGGGCGCAGACAGUGUGGAGCCCAUGUUCAGACACCUCAAGUACACGUACCAGGGCCUGCAACUGGUUGUUGUCAUCUUGCCGGGGAAGACGCCUGUCUAUGCUGAGGUGAAGCGUGUCGGAGAUACAGUCCUUGGCAUGGCCACACAGUGCGUGCAGGUGAAGAAUGUCCAAAAGCCGACGCCACAGACACUUUCCAACCUCUGUCUGAAGAUCAACGUCAAGCUGGGCGGCGUCAACAACAUCCUUCUCCCCCAGGGCCGGCCCUUGGUGUUUCAACAGCCUGUCAUCUUUCUUGGUGCAGAUGUAACACACCCUCCUGCAGGAGAUGGCAAGAAGCCCUCUAUUGCCGCUGUUGUUGGCAGUAUGGACGCCCAUCCCAGCCGAUACUGUGCCACGGUUCGGGUACAGCAGCAUCGCCAGGAUAUCAUCCAAGACCUAGCCACCAUGGUGAGAGAGCUUCUCAUUCAGUUCUACAAGUCCACACGUUUCAAGCCCACACGGAUCAUCUACUACCGCGAUGGCAUCUCCGAGGGCCAGUUUAACCAGGUUCUUCAACAUGAGCUUCUGGCAAUCCGAGAGGCUUGCAUCAAGCUAGAGAAAGACUAUCAGCCUGGCAUUACGUUUGUCGUGGUCCAGAAAAGACACCACACCAGAUUGUUCUGUACGGACAGGAACGAGAGGGUGGGAAAGAGUGGAAACAUUCCUGCAGGCACCACCGUAGACACCAAAAUCACUCACCCAUCGGAAUUUGACUUCUACCUUUGCAGUCACGCUGGCAUACAGGGUACUAGCCGGCCGUCUCACUACCACGUGCUCUGGGACGACAAUCACUUCUCCGCCGACGAGCUGCAGGUCCUCACCUACCAGCUGUGUCACACCUACGUGCGCUGCACCCGCUCGGUUUCCAUCCCGGCGCCCGCCUACUACGCCCAUUUAGUGGCGUUCCGCGCUCGCUAUCACCUGGUGGACAAAGAGCACGACAGCGCCGAGGGCAGUCACACAUCGGGCCAAAGCAACGGGCGCGACCAGCAGGCCUUGGCCAAAGCUGUUCAGAUCCACCAGGACACCCUGCGCACAAUGUACUUCGCCUGAGACUGCACAGCACCAGGUUGGCGUGGGCGAGACCCCGCUGAAGAAACACUAGCCCUCACUGUGUGUGCUUUCACAGCGUGAUCUCUACCUAACAACUAGCAGGUACCCGUUAUGCCCACCCUAGCCAAACCAGAUGUCAGAAGCUGCAAAAGAAGGCCUCUUUCUUGGGGUAUGAGCUGUGUUCUUGCUAUAUAUUUGUAUAUCUUGUGGGCAAUUAUGUUGCAAAGUAUGAGAGGAGUAUUGUUAUUCAAUGUGGUGCUUUAUGAAUUAGAAGCACCUCACCUUCCUAUUUGUUUUAAACCUGUUUCCAUGUCAAAGGACUUUUCAUGGGUUAAGACGCAUUAUUAUUGAACAGCCAAUCACAGCAAAGAGCACUGACUCAAAUGGGUACUUCAAUCAGGACUUAAGUACUUGAUGAGCCUUUCAUGUGAAAGUGCCAUUGAGAGAUCACCUUCCUCUUAUCAACUAUUUGUAUUUGUCCACGAUGAGCGUUUUAUGCCAAAUUUGGGACAACUUACCCAUCAACUUUGAACCAACACUCAGAAUGUUCAAGAGAAGGGUUUUUAGUGAUUUCAUAGAACAGAAGCUUACAGUGCUGAACUUGUUUAUUGGGACUGGUUCCCAGCAAAAACACUUUUUUAUGUACUCUGAGUCUGAUUAGACGCACAAUGUGCAAAUCAAAA